GUGGCGAACGGUGCCGUACGACUUCUGUUAAUUUUUCUUCUUUAAAUUAAUAUCUUGUUCAGAAUUUACUUAUUAAUCGAAGUUCUGUUGUCCAGCACUUUACUCUUUCCAAUACAAUAUGAUCCUCAAUGAUAUAUCUAACAUGGCCGGUUGGUGGACCAUUCUAAUCGCCCUUAAAAUACUCCUCGCCUCCACAUACUUCUUCUUUGCUAAAAAACCAAAAAAGUACUCUCCGCACACUGAUGCUUUAGCCACUGGCAACUACACUCCAUGGAAGACUUUACCGUUGGUAGAACACGACGUAACGGUCGAAGAGUCUCCAAUUAUGGGCAAAAUUGAUGAUAACUGUUUAAAUGUUGGUGCUACUAGUUUCCUAUGCUUCGAUAAGGAGGAAUCAAUAAUGGAAAGUGCAAUAAAGUGUUUGCACAAGUACGGUGUUGGAUCCUGCGGUCCCAGAGGCUUCUAUGGUACUAUUGACGUACAUUUAGAGCUUGAGGAGAGAUUAGCCAAGUUCCUGGAAGUGGAAGAGACAUGUGUGUAUUCAUAUGGGUUCUCCACAAUCGCCAGUGCUAUACCGGCUUAUGCUAAAAAACAGGAUAUUAUUUUUGCUGAUGAAAAAGUCUGGUUCGCAAUCCAAAAAGGUUUUGAUGCAGCCCGUAGCACCAUUCGCUACUACAAACACAAUGACAUGCAACAUUUAGAAGCCCUGCUCACUGAAGCCAAAGAGAAGAAGCAGUUGAGUGCCCGGAGACGAGCGUUCCUUGUGACGGAGGCUGUGUUCUUCAAUACUGGAGAAAUGUGUCCGCUUCAGGAAGUGGUCGGUUUGGCAAGGAAGUUCAAGUUAAGGAUUAUUUUGGAUGAGAGUUUGAGUAUUGGGGUACUAGGCAAGAACGGCCGCGGUCUGACCGAGCACCUCAACGUGCCUCGCGACGAGGUGGAUCUGAUCGUCGGGUCUCUAGAGCACUCGUUCGCCAGCGUCGGGGGCUUCUGUGCCGGCUCGCAUUUCAUCGUGGAGCACCAGCGCCUCUCCGGCCUAGGUUACUGCUUCAGCGCGUCUCUGCCCCCGAUGUUAACGCAGGCCGCCAUCUCCGGCCUCGACAUUUUGGAAUCCAGACCCGAGAUCCUCGCAGAACUAGAGGGGAGCUCAAAGAAACUAGACAAGGCACUCUCAAAACUCGAGCACUUCACAUUCCGCGGCCACGCCCUCUCCCCCAUCAAGCACAUUUACCUCAAAAAGGACCUCACGGACCGCCUCAAACACAGCUACCUCAAAAACAUCGCGAACUACUGCCUCGAAAGAGGCGUUGCUCUCUCCGUAGCAGCUUAUCUAAGAGAUGUGGAGCAUAGUUGUCCGGAACCUUCUAUACGGUUGGCUUCGAGUAGAAAGCUGAAUGAUGGGAAUAUUAGUUUGGUGUGUGGGUUGUUGGAUGAGGCGUAUGAGAAGGUGGGACCACAGCCGGAGCUGAUGGCUUUGUAGAGGUAAGUUUAUUUGAGGAAGAGGAAAUAGUCCACUCUACGGUUAAAAUAUCAUGCGGUAUUUUGUUAAACUAAGCACACUAUAAAAUGCAUUUAUAUGUCGUCGCAAAAUAAAUAAUAAAUUAACAUAAAAUUGUUUAACAUAUCAGAAUAAUAUUAUAAUAUAAUAUAUGUUAUAAUGUUGACACGAAUAACACAUGUUCCAUUAUGGCAAAAGAAAUGGUUAUUACUUAAAACUAGGGGCAUUUUGUUAAAUGUUGAAGUAGAUUUAACUUUAAAGCAUUACGUUAUUUAUUUGCACUAUUAUGACAUUUUAAUAAUUUUAUGAAUACAAAAAUACCGGUAUUUAAUUCUAAAUAAGCAACAUUGUCACAAUUACCGGUAUACCGGUAUUAGUUUUUCACUGCAUAUAGAAUAGUUGCAUACUUACUAUUAAAUGUUUCAAAUAGUUAUGUUCUUAUUAACUCCAAGUAUUUCUCAACAAUAUUAUGCAGCUAUUUCUCAAGUAUUAAGCACUUACUUAAUUAAGCUACAUUCGUAAGAUACGCAAAGUACAUAUAUCAUGUGCCUUUACAUAAUACAUAUUUAGCGAUUACCAAAGCAAUAUUCUAAAACCAAAGUUCCCAAUCCUGCCAACGCCUAUUGUUGAGUUGAGAACAUAAGUAUAAUAAAUGCAUUUUUUUUUUUAAAUAAGCUACGGUAAACAUUGUUGCUACGGAAUGAAAACCGGUAAGUGUAUAGAAAUUACCGGUAAACCGGUAAAUUAUCGGUACUUCUCAAAGGUAUCUUUUUUAAAACAGGCUACGCUAAACAUUGUAGCUAGGGUAUGCAAACCGACAAAAAAAUUAUGGAAAAUUCCGGUAAAUCGGUAAAUUACCGGUGUUUCUCAUGCUAAACUUUAAUCGGUUGCACUUGCUAAUUGUAGCUUCAUGCUUUUUUACCACAUUAGUGGUACAUAUUUUAAUUAGGUACUCUCAUUCCUAAUUUAACCCACUAAAUGAUGUAUUAAAAUACUUACGGAAUAAUUUGGAUUAUAAUUGUAUUUUUUAUUGUUUUUUUACGUGUAAGUACCAUUUUGUCUCAAUCGAAAUAUAUUUAGAUAUUAAACCUUGUCACAAUGAAGUAUGUUAACAAUAAUUAUGUUAAGGUGCUCAGUAUUAUAAAAUCACUAUUUAAGAACUGGCAUACAUUACAUAUUACUCGCUAUUACGAAAUAUUGGACGCCAACGACAUCUAUUAUAGUAGUAGUUGAGUUUUUCACUCAGAAUAAUUAAAAACAAACUGUAGUUGUUAUAUUUUACUUUAAAAUAACAAGCUCAUACAUAAUUAUGUAUUCGCUUUAUUAUAGUAAACAAUGACAGCAUAUUUGUGAAUUUAAAUCAUAAAAGAGUUAUACUAAAAUGUUCUAAAGUACACGUAAGUUUCUAUGGAUAUUUCUAUACAAAUUGACGCGAUUUCAUUGUUGCAAACAAGGAUUUAGUAAUUAUACAAAAAAAAACUAUACAAAGCACCUACUCAUGUAGUAUGUAUGCCAGUCAAAAAGAGCGCAAAACGGCCUAAAUAUUAUAACGAUGUUAAAAUUAAUUGUUUGAAAUACGUUAUGUAGGUCAUCAUAAUAAGAUUAAUAAGUACAUUAUUGCACAUCGCUUGUUAUAUUAUUUUUU